AUGGGUCAACGACAGUCCACAAGCAAUGCGGAGCAGCAAGAAGCACCUGCGAAGACAGAUUACUACGAGUUACUCGGCGUUGAAAGGACCGCAAGUGAUGAUGACAUCAAGAAAGCAUACCGUCGAAAAGCUCUCGAGUUACAUCCCGAUCGGAACUAUGGCAAUGUCGAGAACACCACGAGACUGUUCGCCGAAAUUCAGUCUGCCUACGAAGUCCUUUCCGAUCCCCAAGAGCGAGCAUGGUACGAUUCACACAGGGAUAUCCUCCUUCGGGGAGACCAACCGACUGGACCUGGUGCGGAUGAGUUCUCGUACAACAUCCGUAUGACAACUGCCGAAGAAGUCAUGAAGCUGAUGAUGAAAUUCAACGGGCGCAUGGAAUUCACCAACUCUCCGAGUGGCUUUUUCGGCGGCUUAAAUGAUUUCUUCAAACAACUCGCAAAGGAGGAAGAUAUCGCGUGCCAGUGGGAGAACGAGGAGGGCAUAGAAUAUCCUGAAUUUGGGACGGACAAUGACAAAUAUGACGAUGUGGUUCGACCUUUCUAUGCCAUCUGGAACGGGUUCGCCACCAAAAAGAGCUACUCAUGGAAAGAUCAGUACAGGUUAUCGGACGCUCCCGAUCGGCGGAUCCGACGACUGAUGGAGAAGGAGAACAAAAAGUUGCGAGAGGAUGCUACUCAGGAGUAUAACGAAGCUGUACGCUCACUUGUUGCCUUCGUUCGCAAACGGGACCCUAGAGUUCAGAAUAAUCAAAAAUCCGAGGCGGAAAGACAGAAGGCCCUGCGUGAAGCGACGGCCGCUCAAGCUGCAAGGUCCCGGGCGGCACGGCAGGCUAAGUUGGAAGAACUAGAUGCUGCAGUGCUUCCAGACUGGGCCAAGUCAAAUGCUACAGAUGAACACGAAGGUGGGUUUUCGAGUGAAUCAGACUUGGAAGAGCACGAAUACGAUUGUGUUGUUUGUGAUAAGACCUUCAAAAGCGAAGCACAAUUCAAAGCCCAUGAGAAGAGCAAAAAGCAUGUGAAGCUAUUGAAGCAGUUACAAAGGGAAAUGCGUGCUGAAGGCAGAGAUCUCCAUCUCGAGACUCCGAAGGAUGCACCAGAACACGAACGAGUCGUUGACGACCAUGACAGCAUUGGAGACGAGCGAUUGAAUGUUUUGUCCCAACAGAACGGUCCUGCCCUCAGCUUAUCCGAAGACGACUCCGAGACGAGCGAACCCCAGAAGCAGACGAAUGGGAAAGUAAGCACGCCAGCUGAAGAGGCUGAAGUAUCUUCUUCUGGGGAUGAUGACUACGCUCCAAGGUCAGAUGUUGAGCAGCGUCUAACAGCGGUAGUAAACGACCAACUGUCGUCAAGGCUUGAAGAAGCCAGUCUCGAGGCCACCCCUACCCCUUCCGACCUGGAAGGUUCAUCGCAGCCCAAAAUUGGCAAAGCCAAACAGAAACGAGCAAAGAAAGCUGCCCAACAAGUAUCUCAGCAACACACGGUUGGUGACAGCGAGUUUCAGUGCCUCGUGUGCAAAGUUGAGUUUCCUUCAAAAUCUCAGCUGUUCAAGCAUAUUGACAAAACUAAACAUGCCGCGCCUCUUUCACAAACUAAGGCGGGUAAGGCAGGGAAAGGCAAAAAGCGAUGA